AGUGAGCUACUGCUCUCGCAAGCGAAGCCACAGCUCGCCGUCGGCAAUUUCCAAACGUUUUACUUAUAGGAGUUCAAUUCCAAAUCAAGAUGGAACGGCGUCUUGUAUCGUAUGCAAAUGCGUCUGCUGACGUAGUUGAUCAUGUGGGUUUCGGCGUAGAUCCCCCUGUGAUCGCCAAUUUUUUUUCGGCUGUUGUCUUUAGGAUUCGGUUAGAAUCUGUACAAUCGUACGCUACUUUUGGCAGCACACGUGGAAAAGUACGCGAUUUUGGAGCCUUGCUGCCAAUAACCUCGCAUAAUUGGCUUUCCGGUUGAUUGUAGGCAGGUGAAGCAGCUAAAGAGAAGUUGCCACACAGGACCUGGACAUCACCACAAAUAUUACUCUGGAGAGGAAGGAGGCCAUCUCUGACAGACUGUGUGGUCUGGGAUGAAUUCUCAUGAAGUCUUCAAUUGGAGCUGACAUUCAGAGUCAGCAGAAUCAUCCGUUACUGAUCCUUCACCAGACCAAGACCUGCCAAUUGCCCAUCAACAGAUUCCCCCUGCACUGCACAGCCUUACUCCCUGACCAUGGCUAGUCGGAGAAAGUCAACAACACCCUGCAUGAUCAGACCAGAUGACUUGGUGGUGGCAGAUGAUGCCAAUGAAAUGGAUUCCUGUGUAGACAGUACAGAGGAGAAUGGAUCUUCACAUGUGUCCAGUGAGGACUGGACAGAUAGAAAGAGUUCUAUGAACUCCAUGUUAGAGGCCACAGAGGUGGAGAAACCAGAGGUAAAAACUGUACCACAAAGGAAACUCCAGGGAUGCUAUGAGUGCAAAUACUGUCCUUUUUCUACACAAAACCUUAAUGAGUUCAAAGAGCAUGUCGAUUCCAACCACCCAAAUGUUAUACUCAAUCCACUAUACUUGUGUGCGGUUUGCAAUUUCAACACAAAAAAGUUUGAUUCUUUGACCGAACACAAUGAGAUGUGUCAUCCUGGGGAGAGUAACUUCAAGUUUAAGAGGAUCAAACUCAACAGUCAGACCAUUCUAGAACAGACAAUCGAAGGUUCAAACUGCACUGUAAUUUAUGAUGCAGCCAGCACUCAUUCGGGUGAGGACUUCACUGCUUUUCCUUUGAGCAGAUCCUCGACAGUGGGCAAGCCAAAAGCAGACAGCAUUCGGUUGCCAGGAGAUCAAUUAGAUAUACUCACUCCAGAGCUACCUAAAAAGCAAAUUACUGCAGUGAAUGUGAAUGGUACAGUGAUAAUUCCAGAUGCAACUCUUAAAGAUGGCCUUUCUCAUAUAAUGCCAUCCCUGCAACGCCCACCUAACUACAACUUGGUACCAAAAAUAGCGGUCCCCUUGAACACUUCAAAAUACAACCCCUCACUUGAUGGCAACCUGACCCUUAUCACUUCCUUUAACAAGUUUCCCUAUCCUACCCAAGCAGAGCUCUCUUGGCUCACUGCAGCCUCUAAACACCCAGAAGAACAAAUUAAAGUGUGGUUCACUACUCAAAGGCUUAAACAAGGUAUCAGCUGGUCUCCAGAAGAAGUUGAGGAAGCACGAAAAAAAAUGUUCAAUGGAACAAUUCAACCUGUUCAACAAGCGUUCACUGUUUUACCUGCUCAGUUAACUCAGACAACUAAAGCUUCACAGUCGCUUAUCCAGACUGUCCCUUGCCAUGUCCUUGGACAAUCCAGCCUAGUAUUGGCACCAGUUGCCAAUGGCUCCUCUGCUACUAGUGCUCCUCUUGCACAAACAGUUGCAAAUCAAAUAGCACAGGGUGUCAAGAGGCCCCACACAGCACCACUGGUUGCCCCGGAUGUGAAGAGGCCAUCAAUAAUCCAGUCUGUUCAGAAUACUCCCAAAUCUAUCUCUCCAACACCAAGCCAUUCUUCAGAUUGUGAAAACCCCCCCGAUCAGAUCAGAGAACUGACUGCCAGCUAUGCUCGGUGCCAGUUUCCUGAUGAUGAAGAAGUGUACCGUCUCAUCGAGAUGACAGGCCUCUCCUGGGGAGAGAUCAAAAAAUGGUUCAGUGAUCAACGGCAUGGAAACCUAAGGGCAUUGCAACAGAUUAAAACGGACCUCUCUUUGAAGGACAGCCAACCUCAUAAACCUGUUGCCACGCAGUUUCCACUUCUCGAGAGAGUAAAAGGCAAAUCCUCUGAGCAAAUGAAAAAAUUAGAAGACAGUUUCCAAAGGACUAGCUUUCCAACCCAUGCUGAGAUACAGCACCUUAUGGCUGAUACCAGGCUCUCCAAAAAUGAAAUAGACUGCUGGUUUACGGAGCGUCGUGCACUAAGAGACAACCUGGAACAAGCCUUGCUGAACUCUAUGGGAUCAAAACGACUGGAGCAUCAUCUUCAAAGAGGGACCCUGAAUGGAGUCCAUGAGCAGGACAGCCAUGUCAGGGACUCCCCUCUUCCCAUUUUCACACCCUUUGGAUGUCCAGAGGCCAUUGACAGCAAGUCUCUUGGCCUUCUUAAGGAUAUGUUUGCACAAACACAGUGGCCCUCACCAGAGGAGUACAACCAACUAGAAAUCCAUACAGGGCUAGCUCGUACAGAAAUUGUUCGCUGGUUUAAGGACAACAGGUCUGCUCUUAAGAAUGGAACUUUAGAUUGGAUAGAGCAAUUUCAGAAUCUUAGCAACAAAAAAACAAAUGGGCAGAACAGCCCAUUGAUCUCAGAGCAAGCACAAAGUGUUCUGCAGAGGCACUUUCAAGAGACAAUGGUACAAAAAGGUGAAGGUUUUGAGAAGCUUGCAGAGCAGUCAAAACUAACCAACCAGGACAUAGUUGAAUUGUUCACCAGUAAACUGGUGCCUGACAUCAGCAAGAGCAAGGACCAACAUGGACAGACAAGUAUAGAUGGCAAGAGGUGGGUUUCCUUGGCAGCUGACACUGAUGGAAAAGCCUACGAUGCACAGAAAGUAUCACGAGACCUUGAAGUGCUUUCGGCUGAGCACAGAUUGACAGGAUGAAGCGGUUAAGAAGAAAACAGGCUGCUUUGACUGAAAUAAAUGGGCCUGCUGAUUAAGGAAUAUCAUCAUGUAUGGAACCAAUGAUCUCAUAUCUGGGAGAGUCUGAAACACUGUCCGGAGAGUGACCAUGGAGUGCCAAAGUUUGACU